AUGCCGGGCUAGGGUGAGCAGCCUCGGGAACGGAGCGGGGCUCUCAGGAGGAGACACUUUUUUUCCUCCCUCCUUCCCUCCUCUCCUCCUCCCUUCCCUUCCCCUCUCCUCCCCUCUCUCCUCCUUCCCCCCUCGGUCCGCCGGAGCCUGCUGGGACGAGCGGUUGGUAUCGCCGGCGCUGACUCUCCGGGGCCGCCCGGCGGGUAGCUGGCGGGGGAGGAGGCAGGAACCGCGAUGGCGCCUCAGAAGCACGGCGGUGGGGGAGGGGGCGGCUCGGGGCCCAGCGCAGGGUCCGGGGGAGGCGGCUUCGGGGGUUCGGCGGCGGUGGCGGCGGCGACGGCGUCGAGCGGCAAAUCCAGCGGCGGGGGCUGUGGAGGCGGCGGCAGUUACUCGGCCUCCUCCUCCUCCGCGGCGGCGGCGGCGGCGGCAGCGGCGGGGGCUGCCGUGUUGCCGGUGAAGAAGCCGAAAAUGGAGCACGUCCAGGCUGACCACGAGCUUUUCCUCCAGGCCUUUGAGAAACCAACGCAGAUCUAUAGAUUUCUUCGAACUCGAAAUCUUAUAGCGCCAAUAUUUUUGCACAGAACUCUUACUUACAUGUCUCAUCGAAACUCCCGAACAAACAUCAAAAGGAAAACAUUUAAAGUUGAUGAUAUGUUAUCAAAAGUAGAGAAAAUGAAAGGAGAGCAAGAAUCUCAUAGCUUGUCAGCUCAUCUGCAGCUUACCUUUACUGGUUUCUUCCACAAAAAUGAUAAGCCAUCACAAAACUCAGAAAAUGAACAAAAUUCUGUUACUCUGGAAGUCCUGCUUGUGAAAGUUUGCCACAAAAAAAGAAAGGAUGUAAGUUGUCCAAUAAGGCAAGUUCCUACAGGUAAAAAGCAGGUGCCUUUGAAUCCUGACCUCAAUCAAACAAAACCUGGAAAUUUCCCAUCCCUUGCAGUUUCCAGUAAUGAAUUUGAACCUAGUAACAGCCAUAUGGUGAAGUCUUACUCAUUGCUAUUUAGAGUGACUCGUCCAGGAAGAAGAGAGUUUAAUGGAAUGAUGAAUGGAGAAACCAAUGAAAAUAUUGAUGUCAAUGAAGAACUUCCAGCUAGAAGAAAACGAAAUCGUGAAGAUGGGGAAAAGACAUUUGUGGCACAAAUGACAGUAUUUGAUAAAAACAGGCGCUUACAGCUUUUAGAUGGGGAGUAUGAAGUAGCCAUGCAGGAAAUGGAAGAAUGUCCAAUAAGCAAGAAAAGAGCAACAUGGGAGACUAUUCUUGAUGGGAAGAGGCUGCCUCCAUUUGAAACAUUUUCUCAGGGACCUACGUUACAGUUCACUCUUCGUUGGACAGGAGAGACCAAUGAUAAAUCUACAGCUCCUAUUGCCAAGCCUCUUGCCACUAGAAAUUCAGAGAGUCUCCAUCAAGAAAACAAGCCUGGUUCAGUUAAACCUACUCAAACUAUUGCUGUUAAAGAAUCAUUGACUACAGAUCUACAAACGAGGAAAGAAAAAGAUACUUCAAAUGAAAACCGACAAAAAUUAAGAAUAUUUUAUCAGGGGAUAUUGAAAAGAAGUUUUGAGAUGUGUAAGUUGGAGCUUACCUUUUUUUAUUUUAUUUUAAAGUUCCUUUAUAACAACAAUACAAGACAACAGACUGAAGCAAGAGAUGACCUACAUUGCCCUUGGUGCACUCUGAACUGCCGAAAACUUUAUAGUUUACUCAAGCAUCUUAAACUGUGCCACAGCAGGUUUAUCUUCAAUUAUGUUUAUCAUCCAAAAGGUGCUAGGAUAGAUGUUUCUAUCAACGAGUGUUAUGAUGGCUCCUAUGCAGGAAAUCCUCAGGAUAUUCAUCGCCAACCUGGAUUUGCUUUUAGUCGCAAUGGACCUGUAAAGAGAACGCCUAUCACACACAUUCUUGUGUGCAGGCCAAAACGAACAAAAGCAAGCAUGUCUGAAUUUCUUGAAUCUGAAGAUGGAGAAGUAGAACAGCAACGAACAUACAGUAGCGGACACAAUCGUCUGUAUUUCCAUAGUGAUACUUGUUUACCUCUCCGUCCACAAGAAAUGGAAGUAGAUAGUGAAGAUGAAAAAGAUCCUGAAUGGCUAAGAGAAAAAACCAUUACACAAAUUGAGGAAUUUUCUGAUGUUAAUGAAGGAGAGAAAGAAGUGAUGAAACUAUGGAAUCUCCAUGUCAUGAAGCAUGGGUUUAUUGCUGACAAUCAAAUGAAUCACGCCUGUAUGCUGUUUGUAGAAAACUAUGGACAGAAAAUAAUUAAGAAGAAUUUAUGUCGAAACUUCAUGCUUCAUCUAGUCAGCAUGCAUGACUUUAAUCUUAUUAGCAUAAUGUCAAUAGAUAAAGCUGUUACCAAGCUCCGUGAAAUGCAGCAAAAACUAGAGAAAGGAGAAUCUGCUUCACCUGCAAAUGAAGAUAUCACUGAAGAACAAAAUGGGACAGCAAAUGGAUUUAGUGAAAUUAACUCAAAAGAGAAAGCUUCGGAAACAGAUGGUGUCUCAGGGGUUUCAAAACAGAGCAAAAAGCAAAAACUCUGAGAAGAAACGGCCUAACCCUGUGUCGUGGACAAACACUGAAAUUGCAUUCUAGGGAGUUCAGCCUCUAGGAAGAGUAUUGUUUUUGUUUUUUAAUCAUAGAUUCCAAACAGGCACUGUUAAGAUGAAGUAAAUGAUUUCAACAAGGAUAUUUGUAUCAGGGUUCUACUUCAUUAUGCAGCAUUACAUGUAUAUCAGUUUUAUUGAUGUCAUUACAACAUUCUCUUGUUUGAGCAUGAAAAGCAAUACUUCAGAGAAAGUAUUUUUUAACUUCAAUUGACUUAUGAAAUAAAUUGGUAAUAGAGAAAUUAUUUCAUAUAUUUAAAUUAUAAUUUUUUUGCAUUUGUGACUGGCUGUUUCUCUGCUUUGUGAAACAUUUUCUUGGGGAGGGAAAAUUAGUAUGUGAUUCCCUUUUUUAAAAAUUGAAGGUUUUUGUGAAAUUAUAUUGCAUUACCAUUUGCAAUCAAACCUUGAUCCUUGAUUUUGAAAUCAUUUUAAAAUGAAAAAUUACAACACUCAAGAUAUUUUGCAUUGCAUAAAUUGAUUUUACAAUUUGAAAAAAGCACUUCUUCAUCUUAUGCCUGUUUGAGAUGUUAAUUUUUCACAUUCGACAGUGAAAUGUUAAGAUUACUUACCAUUUAUUUUACGUUGAUAAUUUUAGUGUAUUGCUCACCCAGUAUAUUUUUUUAAACUUGAACGUUUUACAGUUUGGUUUUUUUCUUCCCCCAGUUAGGUAAACAUGGAAAAUUAAACUGUCCACAUCUUUUCAUUAGGAUUGUAAACCAAGGGAAGAAUUUGAGAUUUUGAAGAUGCCACUUUUGAGGGAAGAAAUGUUCUAUAAAAAUGAAACAGAAAACAUAACAUUUUUUUUCUUUACAAGGAUGUUUUUGUAAUGUGUUUCACGAUUAGAAUAUCCAGUACAGAUAAGCUGACUUGAAUUGUUUUGAGCAAUUUUGCCCUGUGUUAUGUGUUUUAUGCACAUAUUUGCAGUUGGAUUUUCUCCAACAGAAAGUGGUUUCACUACUGGCACAUUAACAAGCACCAAUAGAUUUUUAUUCCAACUUCAAGCACUGUGGUUGAGUAACAUCACCUCAAUUUUUUAUUAUCCUUAAAGAUAAUUGCAUUUUCAUAUUCUUUAUUUAUAAAGGAACAAUGCUGCUGUAAAUAAAGGUAUUUUUAAUUUCAUUCCACCACCAUCAGAUGCAGUUCCCUAUUUUGUUUAAUGAAGGGAUAUAUAAGCUUUCUAAUGGUGUCUUCAGAAAUUUAUAAAAUGUAAAUACUGAUUUGAUUGGUCUUUAAGAUGUGUUUAACUGUGAGGCUAUUUAACUGAUAGUGUGGAUGUGCUUUGUCAUCCAGUAUUAAAUUCUUAGUUAUUAAUUUUUGUGUUAAAAAGAUAGGAAAGAGGGAAACUGCAGCUUUCAUUACAGACGCCUUGAUUGGUAAGCUCUCCAAAUGAAGAGUUACAGUCAACUCUGAUCACACCUAUGGGUAGCAGAUCUUGAGCAUUUCUCUCCGGCUUUAAUUUGCUAAAGCUGUGCACAUAUGUAAAAAAAAAAAAAAAUAGAUUAUUU